UAUCUUUUGCAAUUUUGCUUAGAAGUCUCAAGGUAGAGGAACGAAGGGUGUACCCGUUUACAAAGAGGCUAGCGACUAGGGUUUAUAAAUCACAAAGGUCUUCGCACUUUCCGGCGUCUGAACCACCGGCGUUUCAUAAAUCACAGCCACUAUGAUGAGAAUAAAGACUCCAAAGCCAGGCCGAAUUAAGCGAGAGCUUGGCAAACGAGCUCCGAAACUUGUCGAAACCGGGAAGAAGACGUUGGUACUUCAUGGUACUAAAACAAGCAGUGUUGUGAAUUCAGUGUUGACGGAGUUCUAUCACUUGAAGAAGGACAAUGCUGUUAAAUUUUCUCGAAAGAAUGAUAACAUUAGACCUUUUGAGAGUGGUGGUGAAACAUCUUUGGAGUUCUUCUCCCUUAAGACGGAUUGCAGCCUUUUUGUGUACGGGUCUCACUCAAAGAAACGUCCCAAUAAUAUUGUUCUCGGGCGAACCUAUGAUCACCACAUUUAUGACCUUGUCGAGGUUGGCAUUGAAAACUUCAAAAGCAUGGAUUCUUUCUCGAACAAAAAGAAACUGGCUCCUCAGGUCGGGUCAAAACCUUUUUUUGCCUUUAUUGGGGAAGCUUUCGAGAGUUCAGACGAGCUGAAACAUUUGAAGGAAGUUCUUCUCGAUCUAUUCCGUGGGGAGGUCGCAACAAACUUCAACCUUGCUGGGGUUGAUCGCGUCUAUGUCUGCAUGGCUUUGUCUCCGAAUAAAAUUUUCUUCUCACAUUGUGCACUUCGUCUCAAGAAGUCGGGAACUUCAGUGCCAAGGAUGGAGCUAGUCGAGGUGGGCCCGUCUAUGGACAUGAUCGUGAGGAGGCAUCGUAAUCCUGAUGAUAGCCUGAGAAGAGAAGCAAUGAAAACAGCGCCAGAACUGACAAAGAAGAAGGAGAAGAAUGUCGUGAAGGAUGCGAUAGCUGGCAAGAUUGGGAAGGUUUAUAUUCCGGAGCAGAAGGUUGGGAGUGUGCCCUUUGCUAACAAAUCAAAGGGGGUGAAGAGGGAGCGCCGAGAAGCUAAGAUGAAAGGUGAGGGCCACAAUCUCUCACAAAAGAAGCAAAAGCAAGAUGAAUCUUGAGAUAUAUACAUUUCGACUUUAAAAGUGGAAUAUCAUUUUGGUUAAUGAGCCCAGCCUUUAUUUUUUAUUUUUUAUUUUUUUUUAUGCUUUGGGUAAUCGGUUAUCAUCUGGUGUUCAUCCGGUAUCA